AUGGCGUCAUCGGGAGGUACCCCAAUGAUAGCCCUGUACCCUUGCAGCAGUGACCGCAGCAACAUGGAGGCUCUGGGAGACGCUGAAACCCCCACCUCGGAGACCCCCACUUCGACAACCCCCACCGCGAGCACCCCCGCCUCGGACCCCCCCACCGCGAGCACCCCCACCCCCGGCACCCCCACAUCGGACACCCCGACCCCCGGCACCCCCACCCCCGGCACCCCCACAUCGGACACCCCCACCCCCGGCACCCCCACCACCGACACCCCGAGCCCCGGCACCCCCACCCGCGGUAGCCCCACCCCGGACACCCCCUCUGAUCCCCCACGGCCGGGGGAGGGAAGCGGGGAGGCGACGACUUCCCGGGGUGGGGAGGAGGCUCGGGAAGCGGGGGGCGAUGGGGGUGACACGGUGGGUGAAGGGAAAAACACGGAGGGGGAAGGGGAGGGUACGGGGGGCUCAGGGGGUUGCGCGGACGGAGAGGCUGCCGGGGACGGCGGGGCAGAAGCGCCCAGGGGUCCCGGGCGCGAUGCCCGUGAGGCCGGGGAUGGUGCUGGCGAAGCCGAGGCAGGGACAGCCGGGGGCACCGGAGGGGGCACCGAGGAGGGUACCGAAGGAAAAGCGGCGCCGGCAGCAGCUGGCAACUCCCAGCGCCGACAGGAACCCACUUGGCUUCAGGACGAGGAUGACGAGCUGUGGCCUGAGUUCCCUCCCUGCUCGUCCCCAGAGGGGGCCACCAGCCCCACAUCCCCCAUGUCCCCUCCGUCCCCCAUGUCCCCUACAUCCCCCGUGUCCCCUACAUCUCCCACGUCCCCUAUGUCCCCUACGUCCCCUAUGUCCCCAGCAUCUCCAGCGUCCCCCACAGCUGGCACCGCCGAAGACACUGGGGGCAGCAAGAGGGGUGUUCCAGCGGGGGGGACACGGGACAAGGCAGCCCCCGGUGCAGCAGGACAGAGGCUGAAGCUGGAGGGGGCCGGGGGACGGCCGCGAGUGGGGACCCGGGCACAGGGGCGCAGUGCCAUCCUGGAGAAGUUCGGAGGGGCUGCCAAGGGCCCAGCCCCCCACCUGCGGCGCUCAGGGGGCGCCGCCACGGUCAAGACGAUGCUGCUGGAGUGGUGCCGCGCCCGCACCCGCGGGUACCCGCACGUGGACGUUCAGAACUUCUCGGGGAGCUGGGGCAGCGGCCUGGCCUUCUGCGCCCUCCUGCACAGCUUCUUCCCCGACGCCUUCGACUUCGCCGCCCUGGAGCCCAACGCCCGCCGGGACAACUUCGCCCUGGCCUUCGCCACCGCCGAGGAGCGGGCGGGCUGUGCCCCCCUGCUGGAGGUGGAGGACAUGGUGCGGCUGCCGGUGCCCGACGCCAAGUGCGUGUACACGUACGUGCAGGAGCUGUACCGCUGCCUGGUGGCCAAGGGGCUCGUCAAAACCAAGAAGCGCUGAGAGGGAGGGUCCCCCACAGCUCCCCAGGUGUGCCAUCCCCCUCCUCGUCCCCUGCUCUGUCCCCCAGCAGU